AUGAGCGAUGGCUCUCCAAUGGCACAGGUGGCUAUCCCUUCCUUUUCUUUCCGGAGAAGGCUUGGACUCCAGAGGAGACUGGCUUUUCUCCUCUUGGCACAAGAGGCCGCGGCGAGCAAUCGAAGAUUUCGAGGUCUACAAGCAGCCACCUCGACUUUCACAACGACAAGGACUAUUGACCCUUGUCCAUCUUCGACGACGGCGUGUGAAUGUGCCGCUGGAGAGAUUUGUGUCUGGAAGCCCUAUUCAGGGGGCGGAGGUGUGUGCGAGAAUGUCGGUACCAAGGGGCAUAUCGACUGCUUCCUGUGUGCGCAGCAGGAACACUGCGCCACGAUAACUUGUCCUGGCAUUACCACUGCAUGUGCAUGUGCUGCAGCUGCUGGCUGCGCUUGGGCUGACGCGGCCUCUGGAUGUGUGAGCUCACUGCUGUCGUCAACUUCCUGCACCGCUUGUCCAACACAAGCAGGGUGCGACGUUGACCCGCCUCAGCUUGCAAGCUACUUUCCACAGCGAGGAGGUUCCCACAGCAGCGGCUCGGAUCUCCGUGUCGUCUUGCGGUUCACGGAGAAUGUCAGGUGGUGUAGUGGCUCCUCCAUAUCGUCAGGCGUGAGUUUUUGGUGCGCGGGAAGCGUUAACGAGCAAUCAGUUCCUCGAACGCACAUGCAGAUAUCAUCCAGAACUUUGAGCAUCGAUAUGUCUUGGUAUCUAUCCACGAUACAGCUGGAGAGCGCGAGGACCUGUGGCAUUUCGAUUGAGCCCAUGACGGUUUGUGACGAGGAUGCGGUUCCAUAUGCCGGGCUGUCGAGAGAAGACUACAGUUUCCAGCUGCUGGACACGAAUCCUCCGAUACUCAUCGAUUUCGAUCCAAACAGCAUGUCGGUGGCUGUCCCCCUGGACGGCGCUGUAAACCUCUUGUGGAGUGAGCCGGUGCUGCUGGCUUCAGGGGAUCUGACGGCUACGCUGAGUCGGUUGGAGGUGGACAGCACUGGCACCACCACUGCGGUGCAAUCGGUUCCGAUUGUCCUCAAGGCGCCCUCGGCGGAGAUCCUCUCGUCUUCGCUAUUGCGCAUCCACCUGGACACUUUGUUGAGGUCUGGCAAGACGUACACGCUGGAGCUGCCGGAAGGUGCGGUCAGGGAUAUGGCCGGCAACCCUUCUGCUCAUCUCCCUGCGCAAGCAUACAACUUUCGAGCUGCAACCGGUACGAAUGUGUCGGGCACCCCGCAGCAGACAACCAGCAGCACCGCGGUGGGAAUCGUGAUUUUGAUAGUGUCCUUGACCGUGUUCUGCACACUUGCUGCCGGCAUCGGAACUAUCAAGCUUUGGCGAUCCCACGCCAACAAAUUGAAGGCUUACCUCCCGCAGGAGGGAGCAGGAAGAAGAAAGCCGGCGCAAUCGGCCCCUAUCAGCAUUCCGGUGCCUGAGACGACCAAGCCUGCUUACGACAAGAGUGCCUCAGCCUCACCCUUUGCGGAAGAGAAAGCUCGCGCAGAGACGGCCUAUCGCUCAGCCGCGGCUGCAGCCGAACGGCUCGGGAAAGAUGCUGGGAGUAACAGUGCCAACAGUGCCAACAGUGAGUCCAAGCCUGCUUCGGGUGCAACCUGGGCCCAACGGCCAGGCAGCAAAACGGGGCCUUCGCCGUCGCCCAAGGUUCACCCUGGUUUCAAUGCCGGCCGGAACAGGCGGUCCACCCCUCCACCGGCUGGUGAAGGUUCCAGUGGUGGCAACAAGGCGCCAGCAUCGGCGCCUGCUCCGGAAACGAACCUGUCGCCAGAGGUCAAGGCUGUGGAGAAGCGUUUGCACGACACCAUGGAUCAGCCAAUCGCUACGAGGAGGAAGCUCUUCAAGGAGCUUCUUGUCGAGUAUCACCCGGACAAGAAUUCCUCAGCACACGCAAAAGAGGUCUUUCAGUAUGUUAAUAAUGCUCGCAGCUGGUUCCUGGUUGAGACUUGA